UCAAAGCGGUUCAAACCAAAGUUGUUCAAACUUUGUUUUGAGACGUGGGGAGUUCAGAACUACCGCUUUUGACAGUGACACAGUUCAGAUGCGACCACGUGCGUGGUGUUUUGGUUCCUUGGUGCAGUAGUUGCCGCAGUCUCCUGUUGUUGACAUAGCGGCUCAUUUAUCACAAUGGUGUCCCUGCUGUGCGAGCUGCAGUUUUGGACCAUGAAAGAUGACGUCGAUGUCAAAGGCAGUGAUCUUGGAUGCUUCAAGCUUUACGACAAAGGUGACGUGGAUACAGAAGAGCUGUACAUCGAUGCGAAGGAGGCAUAUGCCAAAGCCAAGGGUAUCAUGUGGACUCCGUCCAACAAGCGACCUGAGAAACUGCGAGAAUGCAUCUGGGAGUUUGAGGAUAUCAUGAAUGCCCAAAAGUGUAUUAGUGCAAGAUGGAUUACACCUGGGCUGUUGCAGUUUUUCUUUCAAAGUGGUGUCUGCGUCUUCGUCCAAGUUGACCCCGACUCGUGCAAGCUUCGCAGGGUCAGCGUUGACCGAUACCUCGUUGGCAAGCUUGCUUCGGAGCAUGUCACUGACGCUAUUCUGGAAAACCACAGCCUGCUGAUUUCGUAUUACGAGCCCAAGAUGACUUACGCCUGUUUCGGGAAGCCGCUGAUCGGGACAGACAGCGUGCGCAAGCUGUCCUCCGUCGACGCCAAACUUGUCACGUUUGACAUCCUGGGAUUGCCGGGACGGCGUCUCGAACGAAAGUUGAGCCUCAAUUCACUGAAAGACUGGGUGUUGAACUGGUGGUCGGUAGGUGACGGGGAGGUGUGGCCCUGGAUGCCGUCGACAUCCAAUCGGGAAAGAUCGAACAUGGUUGUCUAUGCGUUGAAUGGACCCAACAUUGAGUUGCUCACCUAUGGAAGAAUAGACAAGGUUCCAGUUUUGGUGUCUUUCAGUCAGUACCAGUCGAACAAACUCCUGAUUGUCGAAGAGGAUGCUUCUCGUGGUGGCAGCGUCGCCGUUGACGUCUGUGUGUACGAGCUUGGCAGAGGAAAGUUCGAAAGGGUUUCCAUGAUAUCGAUCUCUUUACAAGGUCGUGUGGUGACGUCACAAUGGAAUAAUGCAGAAGACAAGCUUGUGCUACUGUGUGAUGACGCAUCCUUGGUUCUCUACGAUGCUGUGCGACAGACCACACACUUCACCACGACUUCUUUCGUUGGAACAAAAGUCACCUGGCAUCCGAGCGGCUCUGUUGUGUUUUUUGCCUCAGAAGAAGGACAGCUUCAGUGCUUCGACACAGCGCUGUCCACAAUACAGCUGAGGCUUAAUGAUGAGUCCGCUACUGCGGCGCCGACACUGAAUGUGGGCUCCUAUCUCAGCAACGGUGGUUCCUUGCAUCGGUUGAUGUGGCAGUCAAGCGGAGACGCCGUCUUCCGCUGCCCGACGGCUGCCACCUUCAACUGUGCUGCCUUGUUGUUUGACGGUGGCCCUCUGGCCAUCCUCAAGUUACCACUCGGCCUGCUCACCAGAGGGCAGCUGGGACCACUUGAGCUUGUAUCAGAAUACUUGAAGCACCUGCAGAUUGAUGAGGCCGUUCACCUCCUGUUGAGCCUUGACUGGGGCCGUGUUGCAGAGCUGACCUUCCUGUGCCUCGGCAAGAUAGUCAACUACCUGCUUCGACAGCCCCUGGAUUCUAAACGCGAAGUUCAGCUGGAGACAGCGCUGGGAAGCUUCUAUGGUCCUGCUCAGCCAAUACCGGACUCGGUUGUUGCCGAAUAUGGCGUUCGCAUCAGCCACCUGGCAAGGCGAUUCUUUCAUCAUCUCUUGAGGUUUGACAGGCUGGAAAAAGCUUUUCUUCUGGCAGUUGACUUGGGGUACUGGGAUCUCUUCAUGGACCUACACAACGUUGCCAAGAAAAAAGGAGAAAACGGUUUGGUGGAGGUUGCCCUGCGACGCGCAAACGCCCUGAAGCCAAGCCGAGCACUUUCUGAGUGCGAUUCGAACGACUGUGACUCCUCAAGUGAGCUCACCGACGAUUGCUGUUCGAGCGAUGACGGAACUCGCUGCACUCCAGCUGUGGCUGUGGCGUCGUGCUCGGGCGCCGCGGGUUUUUCGGAACCGGGCCGCCUAAGAUUGCCUCCGCAAGGCCAUUCAGCGGGUCCGCGACCAUCCGGGCCAGCUGCUUUCGCAGCAAGUGACACCGGUACUAGUGGUUACCACUGGCCACCACCGCGAGCGGUGCCGGUAACGCCAGCGGCCGAAGAAGACCUCAUCGACCUGAGCGAUGACUAUGAGUGCACGUCGGAAGGCGUGCGGGUCGCCGUGCCGAUCAUCGACCCUUUGGUUCCGCAGACGUUUGCUUCAGCGUCAAUGCAGCAGUCCGUCAUAAGACCCAUCCCGAGAAUCCAGCCGAUCGACCCGAGAGGAGCUCCAACGGGGCUGAGCUCCGUCAGAUCCGAAGCCUACAACGAAACGUCCGGCACCCCUCGUUUCGAAGAGGGCCAUCUCAGGGCUGUGCCGCUAUCGCCGCCCAGAGCUCCAGCCGCUGCUGCAAGCCGGGCUUCUCUGGAUGGUGAGGGAUCCGGGGAGGAAUUAUUGCAAGGGCAAGCCAUUCAGUGCAUUCACUUCGGAGUCGUCUAGCAGUGGAUGGAGCGUGAAGAUGGCAGCCACAAAUCAAAACCAAAGACAAAAAUGCAGGAGAUGGUUUUCUGUGGAGAUGCAUGUGCAUAUUUAUAUUCUUGAAUAGCUAAUGUGUGUGUGUGCAACAUGGUCAAAUGAAUUUGGCUCCUGUGAGGAGCAGUUUAUAUUACCUAAUUCAGCUGGUGGUUUAAAGACUUAACACCUUUUAACGAAAGAUGAUGCACAAAGAAUGAUCUAAUCCUUAAAUUUUCAAAAUUUAGUGUCUUUGUUAUGAGUGACAGGAUCAUAGAUUAAUCAUUGUUGUUAAAGAGAAAGCAUAAUGCACCACGAAGCAAAAAGUUCAGCAACUGUCUGGCAAGCUUUGCUGUGACCAGGUGAUGGCAAGAGAACUUGUCACCGAGUGAUGAUGUCAUCACAUCAUGUCAAGGGACGUCACAUGGCAUACUAGACAUAGACGUAGUCAUCACAUCCAGGCGUUCUGUGCAUUCACAUGCAUUGCACUUAAGGAGACUUCAGUGCCGGUGGAACUUUUUAGUUGUCAUUUCCAAAAUUGUAG